GAUGUCCUUUGACUUCCAUUUUUCAACUGUUGGAACUGGCGGAAGAACUUUUAGUCAAAUUUGUCGCACAAGAUAAUCUAGAUGCAGAUCUUGAUUCUCGGACUGACUACCAAUCAUCGAUCAAGCAACUUAUUGCUUCACCCAAAUUGACAGUCGUAGAUUUCCAUGCAACGUGGUGUGGCCCGUGUCGUAUUAUGGCACCUAUUUUUGAAACAUUAAGUUCAACACAUCGUCAUGCGAAUUUUGCAAAAGUAAAUCAAGCCAGAAGUGUUGCUAGUACAGCACAAGUUACAUCAUUACCAACCUUUAAACUUUUCAAAAAUGGACAACAAAUUGGGGAAGUUAUUGGGGCAAGGCAAGAUGAACUUCGAAGACUUGUUGAAUUACAUGCAGGAACACCGGAAGAAAGUGGAUUAAUAGUUGUAAAAGGACAUAUGGAUAUAAAUGAAUUUAUUACACUUAAUCAAGUCGAUUGCCUUAAUCAAUUAGAUGAUCAUAACGUUCGAAACAUUUUCAAAAAUGAUGACAAUUAUUUAGAAUCAGAUGUUGAUGAACAACUCUUAAUUACUAUUCCAUUUAAUCAAACUGUUAAACUUCACUCUUUAAAAAUUGUUUCUAAAGAUAUUGAUCACGCACCCAAGACAGUUAAACUUUAUGUCAAUAGACUUAAUCUCGGUUUUGAUGAAACCGAUUCUAUUGAAGAAACUCAGUUACUUGAAUUAACUAUAGAAGAUUAUGAGGAAGAAAAAAUUAUUCCAUUGAGAUUUGUCAAAUUUCAAAAUGUGACAACCCUCGUUAUUUUUGUCCAAGAUAAUAUUGGAGAUGAAGAGACGACCAUUAUUAAAGAAUUGAAGUUUAUUGGUUGA